AUGAAUUACUUAAUCGUACCUGUUGUUCUGGUCGCUCUUCAUUUAUCACAUACUCAAGCUGCUUCAGCUCGCAUGCUAGGAGAACUUAUUUAUAAACCUCACUUCGAUGAUUAUGAGAUGCCAGAAUCCUGUGAGGGAAUGUCGUUCUGUUUCGAAAAAGGUGAUAAUUACCCGGACGACAAGGUUGCUGAACUUUUGAAAGAUAUUAAUUUUUUGCAAGUAGAGUCCAAAGAUUCUCAGGACUUUACCAUCGGGUCUCGCAACGGUUUCGAGUACGACGAGCCAGACUGUCCCUCCAAUGCAACUGAACAACCCAUUCACUACAUCCUCGAUGAAUCUGACACAGUAAGGGUUGUGGUACAAAUGCCCGGCAGAUUCCAACAGAUCUACACAACUAAAUGGUGCUUAAACGAAGGCCGUAUCACACGCGACACCCCUCACUUCCUAAAGAGUACAACUCUUCAACAAUUCAACAUUGAAUGCGUCAGCACCAGAAUGAACUACGACUUUUUUGUACUCAGUGAAGAUUCUGACAACAAAAUGGAGAUUGUUCAGGCUAAAGGCGGGAUCCCUGUCUGCUGCAGGUGUAGAUACAAUGCUGAAGAUUAAACACGCAGAGCUGAAAAUGAAUGAAGUAGUCAAGAUCAGCAAAGACGAUCUAUUGUCGAUUUUUCUCUACAUUUGGAAUAAUG